UGUACCAGUAAUGGUAAUGGUUUUAAUGGUUAGCUGAUGGUUUGUAAUGGUAUUUGCAGAGGAAACCAUUACAUACAUAAUUUCUGUCAUGGUUUCUAUUGUUUUGUUUUUUUCCAGCAGUUUUUUUUUCCAGAAUGAAAGAGGGUUUUGGCUGAAUGCGCGUUAUGAUGACGUCAGAUGACGCAUUUCGGCCCAAAUAUGCAGAAAAUCUGCGGUGAUGUUGAAAAACUGCAAGCUCCUCCCUACAAUGCGGAGUUCGCUUGAUUUUCCGUUCAACUCUGCGAGCGCAAAAUCCUAGAGGGACUAAAAUGAGGCUAUUUGAAAAGGAUUGCGUUUGUUGUACAUACCUGGCAACCUGCUAGUUUGACUACGCCGUACGACGUCGCUACCUCAAGAGCAAGAUGAGUCAACCAACAGGCGGGUCGAAGGAGCUUUCUCAUUUCUCUCGACUGUGAUGGAAAAUGUAAUGCUGCUGUCACUCGACUCCAGUUCGUUUCAUUCAGUAAACAUGGCUGCGCUGUAUGACAGAUAAACGCUGCCCCUUUCUAGCACUGAGACCUUGUUAUAGUCUCCUAGCUGGGAAUGUGAAUUAGAAAGCUGAGUCCUAUAAACCGGCGACACUGGGACUCUUCGGGUGCAGACUUGACAAAUAUCGUGGACGUUGUUGUUGUGGUGGUGGUGGUGGUCAUUCCGACAGGAGACAGACACACCUGGAUGUCGUUAAGCUCAACAUGGCUUCAGUAAACUGUUUUAGUGGUCCGGAAGAGCUCGAGGAUUCAUGCCAUGCACUGAAUUUGAUGAGAGAGCUGAAAUUUUUCUACGACUCCCAACUUCUGGUUGAUGUUCGUAUUGAAGUGGAAGCAGGACAGGAGACGUCAGGAUGCUCCUCCAAAACGGAAACACGGUCAUUUUUCCAGUGUAACCGGAAUAUCUUGGCGGCAGCGAGUCCAUAUUUCAAAAGCAUGUUUACAGGAGGACUGUACGAGAGCACUCAGAGCAAGAUUACGAUUCACGACGUGGACGCAGAGUCGAUGGCGCUCAUCAUUGACUACUGCUACACCGGCAAAGUGACCAUCACUGAAGCCAACGUGCAGAAGCUUUAUUCAGCUGCCAACAUGCUGCAGGUGGAGUACAUCAGACAUGCCUGUGCUGAUUUCAUGACCAGAAGGCUGGACCUGUCUAACUGUACAGGCAUCUUGAAGUUUGCAGACACCUUUGACAACAUGGACCUGAAAAGCAAAGCUCAAGCCUUCAUAGCGAAGCACUUUGCUCAGCUCGGUGCCAGCGAGAAGGAGCUGUGCGAACUGGACAUGAAACAAAUGAAAGAGAUCCUCACUUUAGAUUCCCUUGAUAUCGACUGUGAGAGGAAAGUGUGUGCGGUUGCGAUAUGCUGGAUCGAACACAACCUGCCUCUGGAAACCGAGGACGCGUUGCACAUCCUCGAGUGUGUCCGAUGGUCGCUGUUCACAGAGAAAGACCGCUUCUAUUUAGAGAGCCUUCGAUUGAAGCCUUUUGUUAAAAAACACCUUUCGAGUUUACCGGAUUUGGCUAGUACGGGAGAGAGCGGUGUGAUUUCGACGAACCGCACAAAACAGAGGAUUGGUAAAAGUGCAAAAGAAAUGGUGCUGUUUUUUGGCCGACCGAAUGAGCCGUUCAUGUGUUAUGACCCUUACACCGAAGAGAUCUACUCCAUGUCGUCUCCUGUCAUUAAUCUUGGUCAGCAGAACUUUAAACGUUCUCCUAUGGAAACGUUUUUAGUCUGUGCCACGCCAGAGAACAACCUGUACAUAGCGUCACACCUGUCAAAGCACUUCUGGGUGUAUAAUUCUUUGCUGAAUUCCUGGCAGGAGCUGGCUGAAAGACUGCUAGGGAGAAUGCAUUCAUACAUCGGCUACCUCAAUGGGCACAUGUACAUUCUCGGUGGUAGGGACCCUGUAUCUGAUGCCAGGCUCAAAGAGGUUGAGUGCUAUAGCAUUCAGAGGAACCAGUGGAUGUUUGUCGCCCCUUUGCCUCAUUCUUUAGGCAAGAUGCAAGUCGUGACAGUCAAUGAGCAACUAUACGUAGUGAACAAGAGACGGAUCCUGUGCUACGAGCCCAAGCGAAACCACUGGCUCCAGCGUGGUUCUUUAAAACGCAGCAAGCUCCACAAAGCCUGCGUCUUUCAGGAUCAGAUCAUCUGCCUUUGUGACAUCCCAGUCGUGAAAGUGUAUAACCCAGUCCGGGGGGAAUGGAGACGCAUCGCGGACAUACCCAUUGAUAGCAGUGCUCUGAACUACCAAGUGGUGCAACACAAAAACAAACUGCUCCUGCUUACUCUUGCCAUUGUCCAUCACAACAAAAACAGGCUUGUCAUACAUGAGUAUGACUCUUCUAGGGACACAUGGAAAAAUGUGGUCACCAUGUUCGGGUCUUCAUUUGGCUCGAUAAGUCUCUCUGCUCGCAUUUAUACGGCUUGCCUUAGUUCAGGACAGAACUUCAUUACUGAGGAGGACGAUGACAGUGGCUCCAGUGUGGACUGGGACUUUGGACUGACGGAUGCAGACUCAGAUUCUGGCAGCUCAAGCUCUUUUUCUGAUGAGAAUUGGUAGCAAACAC